AUAAUUGAGAUCAUUCGCAGACCAUAUUGCAAGCAAUUAGGCAAAACAUGGCAACAAUAGUAACAGAAAUAUCAUCCAAUACUCUUUUUACUAUUCUCUUUCUCUUGCCUCUCAUUUAUCUCAUUGCCAAGCAGCUCAAGACACUGUAUUCAUCAAGAUUUGCACCACUACCACCAGGGCCAUAUUCAUGGCCAAUCUUAGGCAAUGCCCUACAAAUUGGAAAUAGCCCUCAUAUUACUCUAGCCAGUCUAGCAAAAACCUACGGACCACUCUUCUCACUUAGACUUGGCAGCCAGCUUGUUAUUCUUGCCGCAUCUCAAGAAGCUGCCACCGAAAUUCUAAAAACUCAGGAUCGCUUUUUGUCCGGUAGGUUUGUUCCUGACGUAAUACCAGCCAAGUGGUUAAAGCUUGAAAAUUUGUCCCUUGGAUGGAUUGGAGAAGUCAACAAUGAAUUUAAGUUUUUGCGAACUGUUUGCCAAUCCAAGCUUUUCUCAAACAAAGCUCUAUUGUCCCAAUCAUGUUUGCGAGAGAAAAAGGCGGCAGACACUGUAAGAUUUAUCAGAACAAUGGAAGGUAAGGUGUUGAAGAUCAAGAAAGUAGCAUUUGCAGCUGUUUUUAGUAUGUUGACUAAUAUUCUCAUCUCAAGUGACCUUAUAAGUAUGGAGCAAGAGAGUAUGGAGGGAGAGAUGACGGAAAUUAUAAGAAAUAUCUUCGAGGUAGGGGCUGCUCCAAAUAUAUCCGAUCUUUUUCCUAUUCUAGCACCAUUUGAUCUGCAGAAUCUACGGAAGAAGUCUAAGGAGUUGUAUUUGAGGUUCAGUACCAUGUUUGAAGCUAUCAUCGAAGAAAGAAGAGAAAGAAAGAUGAGUUCUGAUAAUGCUUCAGGCAAAGAGGAUUUCCUUGAUACUCUGAUCAGCAACGGUUCUAGUAAUGAGCAUAUCAAUGUCCUUCUUCUGGAGCUCCUGGUUGCUGGUUCAGACACAAGUACCUCAGCAAUUGAGUGGGCAAUGGCAGAACUAUUAAGGAACCCACAAUGCAUGAAAAAAGCUCAAGCGGAACUAGCAAGUGAAAUCAACCAGGACCUUAUACAAGAAUCUGAUCUACCUAGACUAAAGUUCCUUCAUGCUUGUCUCAAAGAAAGCAUGAGAUUGCACCCUCCAGGACCACUUCUUCUUCCUCACCGUGCCGUGAACUCAUGCAAAGUGAUGGGCUAUACCAUUCCAAAGAACUCUCAAGUGUUGGUGAAUGCUUAUGCAAUUGGACGAGACCCCAAGAGUUGGAAAGAUCCAUUGGAUUAUAAACCUGAGCGAUUCUUGACUUCGAAUAUGGAUUUCAGAGGAAGCAAUAUUGAGUUCAUACCAUUUGGUGCUGGAAGGAGAGCAUGCCCUGGUCAACCCAUGGCUACCAAGCAUGUUCCCUUGGUUCUUGCUUCAUUGCUCCAUUUCUUUGAUUGGUCACUUCCUACUGGACAUGAUCCAAAAGACAUAGACAUGACUGAUAAGUUCCACACCAGUUUGCAGAAAAAACAACCUCUACUUCUCAUUCCAAAAAUUAAAAAUUGAGGGAUGAAUCCAGAUUUGCAGCUUCCUCAGCCUUCUUUAUUAUCACGUAUCACUGUUUAUAGUAUCGUUAAUAAACAGCUUUAUCAGUAUUAUGAACUUA